AUGAGGCAACGGAGAUGGUUGGAACUUCUAAAGGACUAUGAUUGCAAUAUUAACUACCAUCCUGGUAAAGCAAACAUCGUAGCAGAUGCACUUAGUCGGAAGUCAUCCUCUAGCACCCUGGCUACAAUGUUUACUCCUCAGAAGCAUAUUCUACUAGACAUGGAGCGAGCUGGCAUUGAAGUAAUCCAGGACACUCAAGCUAAGAUGAAUAGUUUGACACAAGGUUCAACAUUGAUAGAUCAAAUUAAGGUCGCCCAAGCAAGUGAUACAGAAUUGAUGAAGAUUAAAGAAGAAGUAGCAGAAGGGUUCCCGAAAGCGCUAGGAGGUCAAGAUGCAGCAUGGGUGAUUGUUGAUCGACUAUCAAAAUCAGCACAUUUUAUUCCUAUUCAGAUGACGUACUCCGUGGAUAGACUGGCAGAAUUGUACGUUAGAGAGAUUGUCAGAUUACAUGGGAAUCUGACAGAUGGUCAAUCAGAGAGGACAAUUCAAAUUCUAGAAGAUAUGCUUAGAGCGUGCGUGAUGGAAUUUAAGGGUAGUUGGAUUAAGUAUCUACCCCUUAUUGAGUUUGCAUAUAAUAACAAUUACCAGGAAAGUAUUCAAGCAGCGUCGUAUGAAGUUCUCUAUGGACCUUCAGAAUUUGGUGAUGGAACUCGGAAUGUUGGCAGCCACUAUCACUUUAUUGAGGUGAAUCCCUACUAUUUUGGUCGACGGAAAGCAUAUUGCAUGCGCCUAAACAUACCAGCAGGGACAGCUACACGAUUCGAGCCUGGGGAAACUAAAAGUGUCAUACUUGUAAGCAUUGGAGGUAAGAAAGUGAUCAGAGGAGGAAAUGGCAUUGCUGAUGGUCCAGUUGAUCGUGCUAAAUUUAGAGAAGUCAUGGGAGCUUUAAACUUGAGAGGUUUUGGGAAUCUGGAAGAAAAUAAUGCUAGGUUAGGCGUUCUGCUUACUGGAGAACAUUCCGCUUUCACCAAAAUAAUCUCUCGUGAGGAAUAUGUCAACAAGUAUGGCCCUACCACUGGUGACAAAAUUAAGCUUGGUGAUACAAACCUGUAUGCUGAAAUUGAAAGAGAUUUUGCCAUUUAUGGUGAUGAAUGUGUCUUUGGAGGUGGGAAGGUUAUAAGAGAUGGAAUGGUACAGUCAUGUGUUGAUUCUUUGGAUACAGUUAUUACAAAUGCUGUGAUAAUUGAUUGUAGUGGAAUUUUUAAGGCCGAUAUUGGGAUCAAGGAUGGUUUUAUUGUUUCCCUUGGGAAAGCAGGCAAUCCAGACAUCAUGGAUGGUGUGUUUUCAAAUAUUAUCAUCGGGGUUAACACUGAGGUUAUUGCGGGAGAAGGAAUGAUUGUAACGGCGGGAGCCAUAGACUGUCAUGUCCACUUCAUAUGCCCUCAAUUGGCAUAUGAAGCUAUAUCAAGUGGUGAGCUACCCAACUGGAAAUACUUUUUUGUGAAACAUCAAUAUUUAACUACUGAUAUGUGUCUAUGCUUUCAUAAAAUUGGUGGCAUGUUAAAUAUAGAUGACAAAAGUAUUGAAGCUCAAUCAUCUUGUUAUGCUUAUGUUAUAUCUGGACAGCAUAGAUGCCUUUUCGAUUCCAUAAUAUCACAAAUGAAGUUAAUGCUGCAAUCAACUGACGAGAUGCCUCUAAAUUUUGGUUUUACGGGAAAAGGGAACAGUGCAAAACCUGAUGAACUACAUGAAAUAAUUAGAGCCGGGGCAAUGGGACUGAAGCUGCAUGAGGACUGGGGAACUACUCCUGCCGCAAUAGACAAUGCUUUGAAUGUUGCAGAACAUUAUGACAUCCAGGUUAAUAUCCACACGGACACCUUGAAUGAAUCGGGUUUUGUUGAACAUUCUAUUGCUGCAUUUAAAGGAAGAACUAUUCAUACCUACCACAGUGAAGGUGCUGGUGGAGGUCAUGCUCCAGAUAUCAUUAAAGUAUGUGGUGUAAAACAUGUCCUGCCAUCAUCUACGAACCCCACACGGCCUUUUUCUUUCAACACUAUAGAUGAGCAUCUUGACAUGCUGAUGGUCUGCCAUCACCUCGAAAAAGAUAUUCCAGAAGACGUUGCUUUUGCUGAAUCAAGGAUAAGGGCUGAAACAAUUGCUGCAGAGGAUAUUUUGCAUGAUAUGGGGGCAAUUAGCAUCAUUGCUUCCGAUGCACAAGCUAUGGGUCGCAUUGGAGAGGUGAUUAGCAGAACUUGGCAAACUGCCCACAAGAUGAAGUUACAAAGAGGGUCGACUGACCCUAGUGGACCAGACAAUGACAAUCUUCGUAUCAAGCGUUACAUUGCUAAAUACACAAUAAAUCCUGCCAUAGCUAAUGGGCUUUCUGAAUAUGUUGGCUCAGUUGAGGUGGGAAAGUUGGCCGAUCUUGUUCUGUGGAAGCCAUCCUUCUUUGGUGCAAAACCAGAAAUGAUAGUAAAAGGUGGUGCAGUUGCGUGGGCUAAUAUGGGCGAUCCAAACGCAAGCAUUCCCACACCUGAACCGGUAAUGAUGAGGCCCAUGUUUGGAGCAUUUGGGAAGGCUGGAAGUGCUCACUCCAUUGCUUUUGUCAGCAAGGCAGCUUUGAAUAUUGGAGUUAAAGCCGCAUACGGACUCAACAAGAGAGUAGAAGCUGUGAGCAAGGUUAGGCAGCUAACCAAAGCUGACAUGAAACUCAACAAUGCUCUUCCAAACAUCACGGUGGACCCAGAGACAUACACGGUCACAGCUGAUGGUGAGGUUCUUACCUGUGCUGCAGCCACCACCGUUCCUCUUUCUCGGAAUUACUUCCUCUUUUAGGCAUAUUGGUAAUAUGUCAGAGCCUCUACCAGUUCAUGUUUUGAAGUAGACUUUCCAAACUGAAAUAAAUGACGAUGCGUCCAAAAUGAACCGAAAUAGCACUUUCCUAAUAGACUCUUUGACUGGA